ACCCAAUCCCGGCUCCACAAGAAGAGGGCAGGAGGCGGGUCCAAGAUCACAUUUCGGUAAAGCUCAAAGUCUCGCGUUUUUAUUUAUUGAUUGCAGAUAUAUCCAGGAAGACAGGGUUGAAAUAAUACAUCUUUAGUGUAAAAAAAUGGCGACCGGCAGCAGUGUCAACCCGUUUAAUCUCAGCGACUCUGAGGAGGAGGCUGAGCGGAGGCCGGACAGAGUUGACAACCAGCGGGGCUCUAGAGAUGGACCGGCGGGGCAGCUGAGCGGACCUCUCUCGCCGCAAGCUGACUCAGAGCCGACAGGUCUGCUGUCCAGCAAUAGGACGAGUCCCAGUGUGGAAGGUGUUUCUGUGGCUGCUGCAGCUGCAGCUGGAGGAGGUGGUGCAGAAGUCCGGGUGCCUCUGGAUGUGAUCGCUGCUCAGUUGCUUCGGGAUCAGUAUGUCCUCACGGCCCUUGAGUUCCACACCGAGCUGUUGGAGGCCGGCAGGGAGCUGCCUCGUCUCCGGGAUUACUUCUCCAACCCGGGUAACUUCGAGAGGCAGAGUGGGACCCCACCCGCUUGCAAGGAUCAGGGAUUCGGACAGUCGGGACAGCUCAACCGAGCCGGCAGCAUCAGCACGUUGGACUCCUUGGACUUUGCACGGUAUUCUGAUGAUGGAAACCGAGAGACAGAUGAGCGUGUGGCAGUCCUGGAGUUUGAACUACGGAAAGCCAAGGAGACCAUUCAGUCCCUUCGUGCCAACUUGACUCGGGCAGCAGAGAGCGAAGUUCCUUCACAGGAACGAAAGAAUUAUAAAUCGAGUCCUGAAAUUCAGGAAGCAAUCCGACCUCUUGAGAAAAGAGCACUGAACUUUCUUGUGAAUGAAUAUUUAUUAAAGAAUAAUUACAAACUCUCGGCAAUCACGUUUUCAGAUGAAAAUGACGAUCAGGAUUAUGAGCUGUGGGACGAUGUCGGGUUGAACAUUCCAAAGCCUCCAGACCUGCUCCAGCUUUACCGGAGCUGCGGGAGCCACCAGACUGCCUCCAGGGAAGCGGUCGACGCUGCUGUCGGGGUGAAGCUUGGGGAGCUUGAGGUUCUCGCCACCACCAAAGAGGCCCUUCACACUGCCGAGCAAACACAGCAAAACGUCGUAGUGAAGGACCUGGAAUACCAGAUCAAUCUCUUAAACAGUGAAAAGCAUCUUUUGGCUGAACAGAUCAAAAAGCUUCAGGGUGAAAUAGAUGCCCUUAAAAUAAAGAACCUCACUGCUCCGUCGUUUGCAUCAGAAUCAGGGAAGCCAGUGUCGGAUGAAGUGCCUCACCCUGUCCCCAUUGACAACGGACAGUAUCUGGACAUCACAGGCCCUGACGCGGUCAGCAGAACUGCACAGCGAGAUCAUAUCCCUAAUUCCAUUGGGACUAACGCAAACACACACUCUGACCUCCCUACUGCUGAAACACUGUCCGCACACCUCACAAAGUUAAAAAAUCAGGCAUCCCAGAACAAAGCAUCUGUACAGUUUGAUCAACCCAACAGGAAGCUGUCCCCUGCAUUCCAUCAAGCGCUGCUGUCUUUCUGUCGAAUGUCAGCUGACAGCCGUCUAGGCUCAGAGGUGUCCCGUAUUGCAGACAGCGAAGAGAGCGUCACGCUGAUGCUGGGCCGCUGCUUGCCACACAUCGUGCCCAACGUGCUUCUAGCGAAACGGGAGAGAAUGGUUGUGCAUCUUUGUCAGGAGUUGAUCCCACUGAUUUUAUGUACAGCCUGCCUUCACCCUGAGCCCAAGGAGAGAGAUCAGCUUCUGCACAUUCUCUUCAAUCUUAUCAAGAGGCCGGAUGAUGAGCAGAGACAGAUGAUCUUGACGGGAUGUGUGGCAUUUGCACGUCAUGUUGGAGCAACACGUGUCGAAGCGGAGCUUCUACCGCAGUGCUGGGAACAAAUCACCCACAAGUACCCGGAGAGAAGACUGCUGGUGGCAGAGUCUUGCGGAGCCCUUGCACCUUAUUUGCCUAAAGAGAUUCGCAGCUCGCUGGUGCUCUCAAUGUUGCAGCAGAUGCUGACAGAAGACAAGGCAGACAUGGUCCGAGAAGCUGUGGUCAAAAGCCUCGGCAUCAUCAUGGGGUAUAUCGAUGACCCAGAUAAAUAUACCCAGGGCUUUGAGCUGAUGCUAAUGGCCCUGGGGGACCCCUCAGAGAGGGUAAUCAGUGCAAUACACCAGGUGUUCGUCCCAGCUUUCGCUGCCUGGACCACAGAGCUGGGCAGCCUGCAAUCCCAGCUCAUUCCCACACUGCUCAGCAGGAUUGAGAAGCUGCUCAGGAAAGGAGAACACGUUCUGGAUGAACAUAAGCUCCACAUUUAUCUGUCUGCACUCCAGUCACUGAUCCCUGCCCUGUUUGCAGUGGUAAUACAGAAUGCCCCCUUCACGAAUAUAGCCAAGCUCCAUGGAGAAGUGCUGCCCAUAGAAGUUACCAGGUUCCCUCGGCCAGCCUCGCCACUCCAGGACGUGGCCACCAUCAUCGGCAGCAGAGAACAGUUGGCGGUACUGCUUCAGCUCUACGAUUAUCAGCUGGAGCACGAGGGGACCACCGGAUGGGACAGCCUGCUCUGGGUGGUCAACCAGCUGUUGCCGCAGCUCAUAGAAAUAGUUGGCAGGAUCAAUGUUGCUUCCACAACUUGUGUCCAUGAAUUUUCCAGAUUCUUCUGGAGGUUGUGUAGAACGUUUGGGAAAAUCUUUACAAAUACAAAGGUGAAACCACAGUUCCAAGAAAUCCUCCGGCUUUCUGAAGAAAACAUUGAUGCCACAGCCGGAAACGGCAUCCUAACAAAGGCCACGGUACCUAUCUAUGCAACAGGUGUUCUAACGUGCUAUAAUCAAGAAGAAGACCGCAAGCUAUUGAUAGGAUUCUUGGAGGAUGUCAUGACAACCCUUUCUUUGUCGCACGCGCCUCUUGACAGCCUAAAAGCUUCAUUUGUGGAGCUGGGGACGGGCCUGCUGAGAUGUAGCAACUCAUUCAGGGAGACAUCUUGUCAGCAAGCAGCAGGUGCCAACCCUGCAUACCACGAGCUGCUGUUAACAGUCCUGUGGUAUGGAGUAGUCCACACAUCAGCACUUGUGCGCUGCACUGCUGCAAGAAUGUUUGAGCAGAUUCUGCGAGGCAUGAGUGAAGCCUUAAUUGACAAGAGAGUAGCUCCAGCCCUUGUUACCUUGUCCAGUGAUCCUGAAUUAUCUGUAAGGAUAGCUACAAUACCUGCAUUUGGUACGAUCAUGGAAACAGUUACACAAAAAGAGCUGUUGGAAAGAGUGAAGAUGCAGCUGGCCUCCUUUUUAGAAGACCCCCAGUAUCAGGAUCAGCAUUCUUUGCAGAUGGAGAUCAUCAAAACAUUUGGAAGGGUUGGACCGAAUGCUGAGCCCAGGUUCAGGGAUGAAUUUGUGCUUCCUCAUUUGCACAAGCUGGCUCUUGGUAACAACACGCAGACGGUGGAAAGCAAGAGGCAAGACAUUGCCAUGCAGCUCUUUGAAGCCUACAGUGCACUAUCCUGUUGCUUUAUUUCAGAAGACUUGAUGGUAACCCAUUUUAUGCCAGGUCUGAGGUGUCUAAGAACUGACAUGGAACAUCUUUCCCCUGAACAUGAGGUUAUUUUAAGUUCCAUGAUAAAGGAAUGUGAGCAGAAGGUGGAAAACAAGACGGUUCAGGAACCUCAAGGUUCAAUGUCCAUUGCUGCAAGUCUUGUGAGUGAAGACACAAAGACCAAGUUCCUCAACAAAAUGGGUCAGCUGACCACCUCCGGGGCCAUGUUGGCCAAUGUAUUCCAGAGGAAGAAGUGAAGAUGAAGGCCCUGCUCUCACCUGACACUAACACAGGCCUCCUGCAGUCCAGCACCUCGAACUUGAACUCAAUCAUCUGCCUUUUUUGUUUGUUUGUUUGUUAUUAUGUUUUCUGCUGAUUUUAUAAUUUUAUUCAAACUUCCAAAGAAAUGUGCACUUAAAUUGGUUUAAUUUGGUGUAUUUCUGUUGUAUUUUGUUUCAAUUAUGUAUAUCUAUAUAUAUAUAUAGAUAUAUAUAUAAUUUUUUUUUAUUAUUAUUAUUUUAAUGUGUGGUCGGUUACAAAAAAAAGAGUUGUUAAAUUUGCACCUCCCUGUCUUGUCUCAAUUGUUUUGUGUUGCUGUGUUUCUGACAUGGUUUUUAUAAAGUGGGUAGUAAUAUUUUGGGUUUAAUUUUAUUUUUUUGGACUUGGUUUAAAAGUAAAUAGCUGUAUAAUACACUGAAUUAUUAGAUCGGUACCUGUAUAAUGUAAAUUUGAAGUCAAUGUCAUAAAGUAAUAAAAGUGAAGAACACUUGUGUACUUAAAUUGUGA